GAGAUAUCCUGAUCUCACUUCAUGAUGACAUCAGGAUUUAGAGCCCGCCUUAUUAAGCAAACUGCAGGACGCAUUGCAACAGCGAAACAUUUAAUUGGAAUCGGGAUCUAGUGCGAGCAUGGAAGGUAGAACGUAGUCUGGAGAAAUGUUUUUGUAUUUAUCACUACAUUGAAUCGGGUAGUUAGUUGGAGUAUUUGCGCCGGAUUUCCUGUCCCGUGAAACUGAUCAGGACGUAGAUGGUUACUUUUCAUCAGAAGCCAGAUGUGAUUUCCUAAAGGAGAGUUUCAUCAUUGAUGUGCCUUAAUGGGUUGAGCAUCUACUGUACAGACCCCACAGCCAUGACCUGUAUGUUGAAUGCUGCUCCCCAUCAACAGCCCUACAUCGUAACUUCAAACAACUCAGGGCAAGAAAUGGAUCCAGGUCAGCUGAACGGCCACUGUUGUUUUGGGAGUUGUCUCAGAUCAUCUUUCCACAAGCUGCGACCAGCUGCUCUGAAAAUGUCCAAUAAUGAGGAGCCAUUUCUACAAAUGGAAAAAGAUCAGCUGCUCUCCCCAUUUAAGAGACUCUCUGUGGAUAGCACAAUACAGUCACCACCUCAAACACCAGUGAAAGGGACAAGUCCACCAUCUAUUUCUGGGUGUUUCAGUGAUCGAAGUUCUAAGCCACUCCCUCCAUUGCCCAUCACCGGUGAUGUGUCCUUUGAUGAUGUGGACAGUGAGGUUGAAUCCAUUACAAGCUCUGAAACUGAUUUCCUCUUGCAAGACUACAGACCGCUGAGCUUUCGGUACAAUACUCCGAGCAGAAGGAGCUUCCGUGGGUGUGGGCAGACCAACUAUGCUUACUCAGAAGGUGCUAAUAGGACUAGGUUGCCAGAGGGUUGCGAUAGGAUAAAAAAAGACUCUAACCUGGAAAGCACCGAGGUUACUGAAAAGCCUGUUCAGCCUCACCGCAAAUUACAGCGUUCACAUUCCGGUCCAGCUGGAUCUUAUAACAAACCUGUUGCAUUUAAAAAUGGAAGCUGUUUAUCACGUUCAUCACCAAACUCCAAUGAGGUAAAGCCUGAGGUUCCUCCUCGAGUUCCCAUACCCCCACGACUUGUGAAACCUGACUACCGGAGAUGGUCUGCAGAGGUGAUGUCAGGCAUGUAUUGUGACGAGGACAGGCCACCGAAAAUACCCCCACGGGAACCUGUGUCCAGAAAUAACUCGCGCACCCCAAGUCCUAAAAGCCUCCCUUCCUACCUCAAUGGAGUGAUGCCACCUACACGAAGCUUUGCACCUGACCCUAAAUACGUCAGCAACAAAAUUUUGCAGCGGCAGAGCAGUGAUGGGGCAGGCACAAAGGUGCCAUGCAUUUUACCAAUCAUGGAAGAUGGAAGGAAGAUGAGCUCUACACACUACUACCUGCUCCCUGAGAGGCCUCCCUAUCUGGAAAAGUUUCAGAAAUACUUGGUGGAGGCUCAGAACACAUGGGAGUCGAAUGAUUGCACAACAGAGAAUUUCAAGACAUUUGCAUUGACCAAGCCAGCAACAGUAAAAGGGAAAUCUGUUGCUUAUGUAGAGGCUCCUUAGAUUUUUGUCCCUCAGAGGAGCAACAAAAUAUGACCACAGCAAAGAACAGUUCCAGGAGAAUCCAAGGCAAUUCCUUGGUUUGCAAUUCCUUUAGAACAAUCAAUGGAAUCACAGAACAUGAUCCUAAAACCAGUGAAAAUCCAAUACGUUAAAAUACAAUUUAAGUUGCUGUAAACUAGAGGCCCUUGAACAUGGCAGUGUCCAAGUUACCUGUACAAUAGUUUUACAGUAGACAUUUUUCAUUAGAACAUUUUUAUGGUUUAAUUGCACUUUAUCUACUUCUUGGAACCUUGAAAAGACAGUGAACUAGGUGAGACACAUUGAGCACAGUGCCUUAUGAUAUCUUGGAGAAAGCUCAACAUCUGUUUGGAUAUAAAGGCCCUUCCCAGGCAGCAACUCUCAUGUGAAACAAGCACAACACAAUCAAGACUAGAUUUUUAUUACUGAAACUUUGAUUUUUUUUUUAUUAUCUAACUGUCCAGACACACACUCGUGAAGAAGAAUUGCAGCAAAUGUUAAAGGGCAGCAUACAGAUGAUCAUGCCUAAUAACAAUCCAGCUCAGGGAUGCUCAGUGAAGGUCACCUCUCGCGUAACUAUUUUGAAUGAAAAGUAUUAUACUAAAGUGAAGGGAUUUGAUUAAAAGUUAAGCACAGAAACUGCCACAGUUCACAUCUCUGCCUCUUUUACCCAUUCCCAACAAUUCACAACAUGUCUGUUGGGAUAAUGGAGAGGCCAAGGGUCAGAGGGACUGUAGUUAGUGAUCCAUUUUGUUUGAAGACUAACAAUCUUUUCAUUGUCCUUUCUUCCUUGCCCCUCGGGGUGUGCUCCCUUCCUGUUUUGAGUAGAACUGAUACAGCUGUAAAUGUGGCACAGGAGAACGGACUUGUCACAUUUUGCUAUUCAUCGUUCAUCAGCACUAGUAGCUUACCCACACCAUUUUUAAGAUGCACCCAAAACACGAUCUGUUUUGUUUUUAUUAUUAACUCACCGAAGGUUACAGAUGAUCACCAAUUGUUUUUAAUAGGAGAUACUGCAGUGGAGAUUGCUAACAUUUGUUUUGCUUGUUGUCCACUCUUGAAGAGAUUGUGAAUAACUGACCAUCAGAGCAUCACAAUCCACAUUAAUCUUUCUCUUUUAGUAUUUUGCUAAAUCGUGAAUGUACAGGGCCCAUGGCUCCCUAUCUAGUAACGGUGAGGUCCAUAGUAGCCAGCAACUGCUUUCCAGUAGUUCCUACUGUCAGUAUUUAGUGUUGUUUGUGGAUGGAUAUGAUUUGUGCUGUGGCUCAUACGUUCUCCUUUUAAGUCCAUGCAUGGUUUAGCCUCCUCUGAGUCAACACUUAGAGUCGCUACAUCAGCUAAGAGUACAAAGCAAGGAACAAAGCAAGACAAAACAUUCAGGAGGUGACUGUGAUGAUGUUGUGCCUUCUAACACAAAGCCCACCAUCUGUUGGCACUGAGAUGCAAGAGAGCAUCAGCCACAGUUUAUCUCAGAAAUCAAACACCUCGUAGACAUAGGCAAUUUAUUAAAUGGAAAAUAAGACCAUGAGUAAACAUUAGAAUACUAAAAUAAAACCUAAGUGGGUGCAACAAGGGACAUAAUGGUGAGAGACGCAGUAGUAACCUGCAGACUAGUUUACAUGAUAGAUGAUUAGGGACCUAAAUGAAGAAUCCAUGCAGUUGCUUGUUUUUGAGAAUAGUUUUGUGUUAGUGACUCAAUUAACUACAUGUUUCAUAAAUGAAGGCCUAUAAUUCUACUCUUGUAUCAUUGGCUGUAACAUAUCUUUUAAUGUAUUGUAACUAUAUUUGUUGAAAAACCACAAUGAUAUUUGUUUCUGUGGUCUGUGCAGUAUUAUUGGGAUAUCAUAAAUUACAUUAUUUAAAAAAAAUUCCCUAAUGUCUAUUUUUAUUAAAUUGUUCUGUGCUGUUUGAUCAGUGCUGCUUGUUAAGGACUCUAUUCUCCCAAAGAAAGUUGGCAGACUUGCUACUUUGACAACAGUCUAACUGAGCUAAAUCUAGUGCAUGAUAAACAAUACCCCUACCCAUUGCUUAACCUCAGAACUGACCCUUUGUGUUAUUAAUUUUCUGUUCUCUAAUCAAGUUUGUGGGAAUAAGUACUGUAAUGUUUAUUAUAUGGGACAGAGGGACCACAACAUGUGUCAGGACUCACUGUGUUAUUGCUGGAAAUCAAGCCCUGCUGUUGCCAGAGUCCCAACAAAAAGUUAAAAAUCUUAAGGUAUACUUGGUUCCCCAACUUGCCUGUUUUGUUUCAGACACUGGUUUAUAGAUAGGAUGGACCAGAUUUCUAUACUUAACAAAAACUAUUCAUUACAAGUGAAUAGGCUCUAGCUACAGGUAAACCGUUAUGAACUGUUGACAUAACUAUUAAUUAAAACUCUAAUUCCCUUAAACUCCCCUUUUUUCAUGCAGGCAGACAGAAUAAGACAAGUAAUAUGGGUAUUAUGAAUGGAGGGAAUACUGGGAAAGCAGGUCAGUUGUCUCUGUUGAGAUGAUUCUUGUGCUGAUCAGAAUGUUGUUUCUCAGUCUUCCCUUUCCCAGAUGCUUCCACUUGUUUGCCAGAGGCAUGGUGGCUAGCUCAUUGAUUAGAGGUCUUUGGCAUAUUAAAAAUCACAGACAACAGUAACUGCUGAAUGAAAGAAUAAUUGGUUUUCCUCAGACUUAAAACAUUUUUCUGCAGAGAACAAACCGAGCUCUUUGGUUCAUCUUAAGCCCCUCUAUACUUUUUUCACAGCUCCAAGCUGUUUGGAUACCUGAGAACCAAUCACAUAGUUGUUGGGAGACAGAAGGCUUGGGAGCAGUUAGCAACAAGUAGCUGAUUGAUAGCUGGAUUUCCAUUUGUAAUCCUUUGGUUUCAGUUCACCUGUAACAACUGCUGUUACCCAUAGUUGUGCAACAGUGUUCAUAGUAUUAAGUUAUUUGCUUUUUAAACCAUGCAACAAUCCUUGUAAUCCAAUAAAACAAUUAUUUUCUCUA